UCGCUGCUGAGCUGCCAUUGGACAGUACUGAGGGGCCGGAAUUCCAACUUGAAGCGGCCACUCACUUUCCUGUCAGCACAUCACUUUGCCUGUGCACUGGGGACGGCUGAAGGGUCCUGCUCAUUGCUCAAACCCUAUGGGGUCUUUGUGGGCACUGAGGCGGAACAGCAUGAGCAGCUGCCACUUUAGCUGCCUUUGUUUGUGAGAGAAAAUUGAGGGGGAAAUGAUCACAUGAUUGUCCCUGUCCCGAGAAGAGAGAAAGGGAAGGAGGACACAAGCGGGAAGGAGCCUUGGGAUGCUGCAUGCAAAGUGUAGAUUUGCUCUGCCGAGAAGAUCCUACUAGUGCAGUAACAGUUACAGAGAACAGGAAUGGGCUCCUAACUACAGUGAGCAAAGUUCUCCAGGUUAGUAGUUCCAAACUCCAACAGCAACUCAGCAGCAACCGUCUUCUUCAUGAUGCACUGGGGGUUCAUUCUCAGUGCCUUAUCUGAAUGGAUUCGGGAGAGAACUGGAUUUCUCAGAAAGAUUCAGCUGACCGGAGCACAGGGUUGCAGGAGAAGCUGGCACAAUGAGCUGGAGCUUCUUGACACGCCUCCUAGAAGAAAUCCAUAACCACUCCACAUUUGUGGGCAAGAUCUGGUUGACCGUCUUGAUCGUCUUUCGCAUCGUCUUGACCGUCGUGGGGGGAGAGUCGAUCUACUACGACGAGCAAGCCAAGUUUGUGUGCAACACCGGGCAACCGGGCUGCGAGAACGUGUGUUAUAACGCGUUUGCUCCCCUCUCCCACGUUCGCUUCUGGGUUUUCCAAAUCAUCUUGGUGGCAACGCCGUCCCUUUUUUACUUAGGAUAUGCCAUCCAUAAAAUAGCGAGGACGGAGGAGCACCUGGAGCAAGAAAAAAGAGUAAAGCACCGGAUGUUCCCAAUGCGUUGGAAGCAACAGCAUGGUUUAGGGGAUGCCGACGAUGACAAUGAAGAGGACCCCAUGAUGUACCCUGAAACUGACAUUGCAAGCGAAAGGAGCAAACGUGAAUGUGUGCGCAGCAGGGUGAAACACGACGGGCGAAGGCGUAUCCGUGCUGAUGGACUAAUGAGGAUUUAUGUUCUUCAGCUUCUUUUUAGAACAUUUUUUGAGGUGGGAUUUCUGGCAGGACAGUUCUUCCUGUAUGGGUUUGAAGUCACCCCAAUAUAUGUGUGCGAUACAAAGCCUUGUCCUCACAAUGUGGAUUGCUUCAUAUCACGACCCACUGAAAAGACUAUAUUCUUGCUUAUUAUGUAUGGAGUAAGUGGUCUUUGCUUGCUUCUCAACAUUUGGGAAAUGCUCCACCUUGGGUUUGGGGCAAUACUUGAUGCGAUUAACAGCAGGAAGGAGUCUGAUGAUACCUCUGCCUACAAUUACCCUUUCACAUGGAACACCCCAUCAGCUCCCCCCGGGUACAAUAUUGUCGUGAAGCCUGAUCAAAUCCAGUACACAGAUCUCUCAAACGCCAAGAUGGCUUACAAACAGAACAGGGCCAACAUUGCUCAGGAGCAACAAUAUGGCAGCAGCGAGGACAAUAUCCCUGCCAAUCUAGAGCACUUGCAGCAAGAAAUCCAGGUCGCUCAGGAGAGGCUAGAAAUGGCCAUCCAAGCCUACAACAGCCACAGCCAUCUGCCUUCGUCCAAAGAGAAGAAGAUCAAGAAGGGCUCAAACAAGAGCAGCGUCAGCAGCCGCUCCGGGGAUGGAAAGACGUCUGUGUGGAUUUAGUGCGAGUUGUGAUGACUUGUCUCCGGGAGGAACUUGAGCAGAGUUAUAACUUCCAUUUGUGUAAAUAUUUUGGAUUUGUUAGUAUUUAAGUGACUCAUACGGCAAGGGCCGGGGCUAUAGAGAGUAAGGCACUGUAUCUGCAGAACGUUAAAUGGUUUGUUAUUGUGGCAGAUCCGAUGGCUCUGAUUUAUAACAUUCAAUGGGGACAGUAAUACACUACGAUGACAACUCUGGCUGUCGCAUUUGUUUAUCUAUUGGACAUUUUCUCCUGUCUUUUUAUAAUGAGCAUAAACUGCUUAUUUAGCCCAAGAUUUGUCUUUUUUUCCUUUUUUUUUCGUUCAUACAUUGGAAGUAUUUAUCAAAAUACCCCUCCCCAGCCGGAUGAAUCAAAGCAAAAAAAGAACGUGGGACUUUGAGUUUCUGAGCCUGUGUUAAAUAAGUGCAUUAAACGUUCAGCUUGACGGAUUAACCCCACGUGGUCAGCCCGAAGGUUAAAAGUGCCUCUGUUUUGUUACAGUUCUUGCAUCAGUUUUUUUUAUACUUUAUUUUUUGGUUAAAAGAUUAAAAAAAACACAGCUGUCCUCAUAGGAGGGAAUAAUUUGUCCUUA